CGAUUGGACAUCUUCUAGGACCUCAAAACUCCCAUCGAGAGUCUUCUCACCCCUGAGGAACAUCCUGUCUCACUACUGCCCAUACCUUCAAAAUAGCUGAAUGAGCUCAAGUUACUACGUCCAAAGUUCUGAAGUUUUUCAGUCAGUCUCCUGGCAGCGAGCAAAUACCCCGCAACCCCCGGAAAACACCUACCCCGCAGCCUGACCCCGAGCCAUUGUCCCCCAGCCAUCGUCCCCCGUCUUCUCCGGACAACAGUCUUUGAGGUUGCAAGUCGCGCCAACUAGUCCCGGGAUCCAGGCACAAUGAGUGACGUUCACGAGGACGAGGGUGCUGGGGUGAUUGAUCCCAAAUCGGACCCCCAGUACAUUCAGUUCAAGUGUCUGCCUCUUGGCGGGGCGUUGAACAGGUGGUCGCAUAAUAUCACCAGGGGGCAUGACUUUCCUGGUGCCCAGGCAAUGCUCUACGGAGCGGGAGUACCAAAUGAACAGAUGAUGAAAAACGCGCCGCAGGUGGGAAUUGCGACGGUUUGGUGGGAAGGCAACCCAUGCAAUACACAUCUUCUUGAAUUUGGCAAAAUAGUCAAGAAAUCGGUUGAGAAGCAAAACAUGCUAGGUUGGCAGUAUAAUGCUGUAGGUGUCUCGGACGCCAUCACCAUGGGCGGCGAAGGCAUGCGAUACUCCCUCCAAACCCGUGAUCUGAUCGCAGAUAGCAUCGAGACUGUCACUUGCGCGCAACAUCACGAUGCCAAUAUUUCCAUUCCCGGCUGCGACAAGAACAUGCCGGGCGUCAUCAUGGCGGCAGCUCGCCACAAUCGGCCGUUCAUUAUGGUCUAUGGCGGUACGAUCCGCAAGGGGCAUUCCAGUCUCUUGGAGAAGGAUAUCAACGUCAGCACCUGCUACGAGGCGUCAGGCGCUUACGCAUACGGCCGCCUGAAUGCCAAGUCCAACCCUGGCACUCAAGGGCGAACACCGAGCGACGUCAUGACAGAUCUCGAACGCCACGCGUGUCCUGGAGCGGGUGCGUGCGGCGGCAUGUACACGGCGAAUACCAUGGCCACUGCAAUUGAAGCCAUGGGCCUCACUCUGCCGGGUUCAUCAUCCUAUCCUGCGCUCUCCCCUGAAAAGGCACGUGAAUGUGAGCGCGUGGCUGAAGUUAUCAAGACGACGAUGGUCAAGGAUAUCCGGCCACGCGACCUGAUUACGCGCGAGUCGCUUGAAAAUGCACUGAUCUUGACCAUGAUCCUCGGUGGCUCAACCAAUGGAGUCCUGCACUUCCUGGCCAUGGCCAACACGGCCGAGGUGUCAUUGACGCUCGAUGACGUGCAAAGAGUGAGCGACAAGACCCCUUUCCUGGCCGACCUGGCGCCGAGUGGGAAGUACCUUAUGGAAGAUCUCUACAAGAUUGGUGGCACCCCAUCCGUAUUGAAAAUGCUGAUUGCAGCUGGUCUCAUCAACGGCAACAUUCCCACGGUCACAGGCCGCACCCUAGCCGAGAAUGUGGCCGACUGGCCUAGCCUGCCACCGGAGCAGAAACUCAUCCGGCCACUGUCUGAUCCCAUCAAGGAGUCAGGCCACCUCCGCAUCCUCCGUGGAAAUUUUGCCCCCCAAGGAGCCGUGGCCAAGAUCACAGGCAAGGAAGGCCUAAGCUUCACGGGCAAAGCCAUGGUCUUCAACAAAGAACACGAGCUCAACACAGCCCUGAACCGAGGGAAAAUCUCCCGCGGCGAGAACCUCGUCCUCAUUGUGCGGUACGAGGGACCACGCGGCGGGCCGGGAAUGCCGGAACAACUGAAAGCAUCAGCGGCCAUCAUGGGCGCAGGACUCACCAACAUCGCGCUCGUAACGGAUGGAAGGUACAGCGGGGCUAGCCACGGGUUUAUCGUCGGGCAUGUCACGCCCGAGGCGGCGAGAGGGGGACCUAUUGCGUUGGUCAAUGAUGGGGAUAGGAUCGUGAUUGACGCGGUGGCGAAUCGGAUUGAUAUGGUGGAGGUGGGGGAGGAGGAGCUGGCGCAAAGAAGGAAGGAAUGGAAGCCGCCGGUGCCGAGGGUGAGAAGGGGGGUGUUGGCGAAGUAUGCGAGGUUGGUGGGGGAUGCGAGUCAUGGGGCCGUGACGGAUCAAUGGGAGGAUGAUGUUGCGGUGCCAAAGUAGGCAUGCUUUGGCAUACGAGAUGUCGAAAAGGGGCCAGUCACGGGGAGACGAGAGCGAAAGAAACUGAUGUGGUGGAACCUACAGAGGCAUGGCGUAGUUUGGUGUAUGCAGGAUGUGUUUGUCAGAUGCUCAGCAGUUAGUUGUCGUUAGCAAAAGUAGCUGUUUAACCCGGAACGGUACUUGUUCAUCACGGGUCUGAGAGCCGGGCUUGGCACCGGGAACAUGGUAUAGCGGCCAAAGAGAGAGCCUCCAGAGCGAUCCUCUCGUGCACACCGUUCAGAGUUGGAUGGUAGAUUUGUAUAUAUUCCUUGUGAAUGUUCCUGGCUUGAAGUUCAGUUUCAAUUAGUCAGGC